GGCAACUGGCCGCAGCACACUGGCAAUGGCAGCCAGUCCAUCGUGACUCACGAAACUGUUCGGCCACAGGAGUCUCUGGGAAGAGCGGCCGCAUCUCCCCCUCUGCCUCCCUGACCCCCUGCCCGUCCUCUCUGUGAAGGAAGCCAAGAAGCUGCUCUUCUCCCUCGUCCCGCGGCUCCUGAGGAAUCCUGCCUCGUUUUAUGGGCAGAGUGUGGCGGCUCACUGCCCAGAAGACUUCUGCAGGCGCAUUUGGAGACACUCUCCCCAGCGGGAGUAAUGCUGACAGCCAAACCUGAAUUGCCAGCCAGCAGCGCAGCUGCCGUGAGUUUCAUUCUGCUCGUGGUGCAGGUUUUUCAGGUCACAGGCGCACCUGCCCAGCGCACGUUCAUUUUCUCAUUCAUAUAAACACGCGCGCGCACACACCACUCAAACACAACAACUUAAGGGUGCCUUUUGAGGCAACUGCCUUCACCAGCACAUCAACAUUCACGGGAGAGCAGAGCCCAUUUCGAGGAGAAGAGCUGACGGCUUGGUUCUCAGGCCGGAUUCAGAACGAGGCCAAGUGGGCACAAGGUGACGGCUUGAGUUGGUGGUGCACCAGAAAGAUCCCCCCUUAUUGUGGCUUGGAAACAAAAAGAAACAUGUAGCAUGUAGUUCCACAGGAGAAGUGGCUACCACCAGUGAGAGAUGGCUUUUGAGCUUGCUGCUACCAUCCGAGCGGACCAAAAGAGAAAAUGUCCUCUGAGAAAGUUGCCAGCCCCACGGAGGAGCAGCGGGAGAUCCUGGAGUUCAACUUCAGCCGAGUGAACAAGCACCCCGACCCAGCCACCCUGUGCCUGAUUGCUGCGGAGGCCGGGCUGACGGAGGAAGAGACCCUGAAAUGGUUCAAGAAACGCCUGGCAGAGUGGAGGAGAUCCGAAGGGCUCCCUUCAGAAUGUGGGUCCGUCAGAGACUGACUGGAGCGGCCCCUCGGGACGGGGUCAGCCCUGGGGAAACGGAGGGCCUUCUGAAUUCGGUGGUGACUUUUGCUGUGGGAAGUGUGUGACUAGCAAAGCUCAUGUGUUCUGUUAUUUAACCUGAUGCCUUAUUUAAAAUGUACAUAACAUAAGAGGGAGAAAAUAAUUAUAUAAAACAUUAUGUAUUGGCUGUGGUUGUGUAGAACGUAGAAAGGAGCCACUGCAAACCCCAUUGGCUGCUGCUGUUUUUCUAAUGACAUGGAGUAUUUCAGGAUUAACAUUUCCUUCAAAUUCUGGCAAAACUAAUACAAGAUUGAAAGAAAGUAUCUUCAUUCACCACCGUAAAAUAACUUUAGUGCCUGGAUUGCUACUAGAGCAUGCAAGGGCAGCCUCCAGAAAACCAACAUCACUAAGAAGAUAGACACAAACUUCUCCGUGAUCCAGUGACUUGUUUGUGUGCUGGAAGGCCUUAGCAUACACAGGCAGCUUGUGUGUUGUCCAUGUUCAAUUCCUAGGGCCUGUGGCUACGCAAAAAUCACGCCAUGCUAAUGCACAAUGGGAACAAGGUGCUCUGAGCUCUCCAUCCCGAAAGCAGAGCGUUGGGUUGUGCGCGCUUCAGCCACUUGACCUGGACCCUGCCAGAGAUUUCACCAGAAUCAGUCUGUGGUAAUAGAAAGGUCUGUUGGGGGGCGAACCUGUCCCAGUGCCUUUCCUGGACUCCUGAGUGAGGCCGAGAGAUCUGGCUGGAGCCACACGUUGAGGCCUCUUAGAUCCUGGAGGGCUGGAUCCAGGGCUGCCAAAUCUAGGUUGGGGGUGGAGCCUGUGGAGGGUGGGUUUGGGGAGGGGGUCCUCUGUGAGCUUUAAGGGCAUAGAUUUGGCACUCCCAAGCUGCCAUUUUCUCAACUGAUCUCUGUCGUCUGGAGACUAGUUGUACUUCUAGGAGGUCUUCAGGCUUCACCUGAAGGCCGGUAACCCUAGCUAGAUCCAGAGUGGCCAGCCCACCCUGUGCCUCAUCUUUUAGCCGUGGUCAACCUUCCCACUUGGGUUGGCUUGGCACAAAGAGGCCGGCGUGCAAGUACGCACUCGUGCUAUUAGCCCCUGGUGUGAGGGGUGGACUAGGAUUCGGGUGCACUGGCCUUCAGCACAACUGAAUGAGCGUUUGUGAGUACGUGCACAAUGGUGACAUUUUCUGAAUUUUUCCAAAAUUCCACUAAGCAAAAAGGAUGAUUGUAUGCCCGAUCUGUUAAUAAAAGUCAAAAUGUUGUAUUUAAACUAGACACGUGCCAUUAUUAUUGACACCCUAACCUCUGCCUGACCAUCGAUCCAGCCACUGCCCAA